UCUGCUUUGAACUCUCACGUUCCUUAAGCUUCUCAAAAGCUCUUUUAACGUCUCCUCUAAGGUAAAAUAGUUUCUGCUUUUAUUUAGUUUCUUCUUCUUCCUCCUCUGCUUCAACAUCUCCACGUCUAUACUGAAGAAACAAAGAUGAAAUAUUCUCCAAGAUCUGACGGCAGAAAGUUCAUCAUCCCUUCUUUCUUCUUCAUCGUAGCUCUCUGUCUAUUAGCUUUCAUCAACGAAGUCAGAUUCGACAGUUUGUUGAGCUUCGGACGAUGUGCUUUGUCCAAUGUUCCGAGGAACAGCAGUUCACUGGAGACUACGUUGCUGUCUUCUUCUUCAGAUGAUGAGAUUAGGAUACUUAUUGGGAUUCUUACGCUUCCCGAUCAGUACCAACGCCGGCAUUUUCUCAGAAUGAUCUACGGCACGCAGGAUGUUCCCGCCGGCGUUAAGAUCGACGUUAAGUUUGUGUUCUGUAACUUGACUAAAGAAGACCAGAAAGUGCUUGUCGCUUUGGAGAUCAUGCGUUAUGAUGACAUCAUCAUCCUCAAUUGCAAUGAGAAUAUGAAUAAAGGCAAGACCUACACAUACUUCUCAAGCUUACCAGACCUAUUCAACGAAACCGAUGCACCAAACCCACCGUACCACUACGUAAUGAAAGCCGACGACGACACGUACAUAAGACAAGAAAGCCUCGCAGCAUCUUUAAGACCAUUACCUCGAGAAGAUCUCUACUAUGGCUACGUCAUUCCAUGUCCAAGCAUGGACCCGUUCGUACAUUACAUGUCGGGAAUGGGUUACUUAGUCUCGUGGGACAUCGCGGUUUGGCUCAAAGACUCGGAGAUUCCCAAGAAACAUUUAGAAGGUCCUGAAGACAAAGUGUUUGGUGAUUGGAUUCGAGAAGGAAGACGUGGGAAGAACCGGUUUAACGCUAAAUGGUCCAUGUAUAAUUUCCCCGAGCCACCGACCAGAUGCACACAUGAGCUAUGGCCUGAUACUAUUGCGGUUCAUUUGUUGAAGAACCAAGAGAAGUGGAUACGGACAUUGAACUAUUUCAAUGUUACUAGCAAUCUUAAGCCUUCUAAAUUAUACCACAUACCGUAGAUAUAUACAUCUGAUUUGUUAUAAUUUAUACUUAAAUUACUUUUAAUUGGUUUUGUGAUUGUUAAUGUCUUAAAAUUUUUGAAUAAUCAUUUGUGUAACCAAGGAUUUCAAAGUUAAUUAACAGAAUACUUGUGGGCGCUUUUAUGGUGACCCAAAAAA